AUUACUUUAGUACGGAUCUGCAUGUAGACCAAGGUUAGGUUAGCCUUCUCCAACUACUUUGGUAACGAACCUAACAGCUGUUUACAAUAAUUGUGACCAAGUGGAAGCGCAGAAAAUGAACAGUAGCAACUCUACAGAGUCCGCCAUAAAUACUGACUCGAAGCCCGUGAUAUCUUCAGCCAACUAAACCUAGAAGACCCCAAAAGAACCAAACACUCUUACCCAAAAACGUUAGCUCAAACGACGGUUCCUAAGCAACGAGAUUUCGCUAUUCAACAUACCGUAAACAACCACGGCGCCUGUAAUUCAAAUACGUCUGAGCGAGCGCAGGCGUCAUGGCUACCGCUCAAGCACAGGGGCGAGCACCACAGCUGACAGGAUUCUCAAGCUUCGGUGAUCUGCCGACAGAAGUAAGAUUGAUGAUAUGGAAGUGUGCGCUUCAAAUGCCCAAAGUCUUCAUGGUGGACAAGCGGAAGCCACUCCGGGAGGAUCGGAACUUCGGUGUACGAGUUCACCUUGGACACGUCUUCCGUGCCUGUCGUGAAGCCAAUGACCUUUGCCGAGAUGUUGCAAAACCCGCGAUCGCGCGCUGGCAGCAACGUAUAGACACGCGGACGAAUAACUGGGGCGAUACCACGGAGAAUCGUAUCUGGCGAACACCACGCGAGAUGGGCUGGAAUUCUGCCUUAUGGGCAUAUUUCGAUCCCCAGUUGGACAGCGUCUACCUCGAUGCUAGUGCUGUCGAGGCAUUCGACCAUGAAAGCGCUGAGACGUUGGAGAAACUUGUUGGUCCUAUCAAGAGAAUCAUCGUACCCCAUCAUAAAAUAAAUGAUCCGCGCAGCCUCUUCGGGCCCCUAUGGAACAAGCUGGAUCUCGAAUCCGUUUCUUUGCUCAAGGCGACUGCUUCUCUAGGAGAAACAGCUAGCUCUCUAUUGUCACAGCAGCUAAAAGCCGAUCUGCCUCUUGUGGUUAGUAUUGAGGAUUCACGCUCAGUUAAAGUCGUGGAAGACGCGUUAGGUGAAGAUCCUGAACUACUAAAACAUUGGAACGACACCCUCGCAUGGUAUGACCGAAAAGGGGUGGGUAUGAUCAAUGGGUACCUCUGUAAUUGGACGGAAUUCAGAAGUAGUAUUCGCGCCGACUGGCUUGGCCGGGUGCCGGAGUGGUGCCCCUUUGCGCCGGAAGAUGGACCCAAUCCGCCUAUAGAUGAAGAUGGGUUGAUUCUUGACUACCAACACCCUUGGGUCAAACAGUGGGCAGCCUCGAUUCCCCAAUUCAAGGCUGUGGUGAUGUUCAUCACCUCCGAGCAAGAAUCGCAACUCUGCUCUUGAUGUCAACAUGACUUUCGGCUGCGGGACAAUGCAAUCGAAAGUGGGAGGCUCUAGCUACCGUACUCAAUGCAUGGAUUUUAUAAAGAUUAAAAGAAUUAAGAAGAAAACCCCUUCUAUUGCAGAGAGGGGAUUCUUCUCGGUCAGCCGUUGGGAUACCUAGCCCUCAUUAUGAGCUAGGUUUAUCUAGGAAGAUAAAUACUGCACAGUCACAUGGACGCCAUGAUUGUGUGCAAUGUUUAGGCGAUUACCGCAUCUGUAGGCUGGCUGUGUGUUUCUAAGAUAAUCAUGGCUAUUAGCAGUAUACUGGCACGGUGAGACCUUCUCAAUCCUUUGUCGCUUGUUGACUACAGCUACGAUAUGCAACACAGCCAUCAACCAGCAUUUUCACUUCUGCCCUUCAACAUGUUUUAAUACAUCCUUGCUCAUG